UCUACUUUAGGUUAUCCUGGAAAGCCUGGACCUGAAGGUUUACCAGGAUAUGCUGGGCCUCCUGGUACCGAAGGUCGACCUGGAGCUAAAGGAGCGCCUGGCCCAGUAGGACCCAAUGGAGAACGCGGCCAAGCUGGCAAAGAAGGACAGCAGGGCCCACCUGGAUCUCCUGGAAUUCGAGGAGAGAAGGGAUCUCCUGGAAAGCGGGGUCUUCAGGGUAUGGUUGGGAAUAGAGGAUACCCAGGUCACACAGGCCGACCAGGGCAGGAUGGAUCUAUGGGAACUGUGGGAGAAACUGGACCUGCUGGGAAAAUAGGUCCAAAUGGAUUUCCUGGAGCUCCUGGAACCUUUGGAGAACCAGGCUUGCCUGGAGAAGAUGCUGGUUAUUGUCGCUGCCCUGCUAAGAGCAAACCUGACCAAUACAAUUCGAAGUGA